ACGAUAACACACACCCGGCCUUACCAUGCAGCGCACGUUUGGUGGCCUUUCGGCGGCCAAUCGCGCUGGUGUCUACGAUGGUAAAAUUGCGGGUUUGUACGAUCUGGAGGAAACGCUCGGUUCGGGCCAUUUUGCCGUGGUAAAGCUGGCACGCCACGUGUUUACCGGCGAAAAGGUGGCGGUGAAGGUAAUUGAAAAGACUAAACUGGACGACAUCUCGCGUGCUCACCUAUUCCAGGAAGUGCGGUGCAUGAAACUGGUCCAACAUCCAAAUGUAGUGCGGCUGUACGAGGUCAUAGAUACGCAGACGAAAUUGUACCUCAUACUGGAGUUGGGGGAUGGGGGCGAUCUGUACGAUUACAUUAUGCGCCACGAGAAGGGUCUGUCGGAAAAUGUGGCCCGCGAGUACUUCCGGCAGAUUGUGCGUGCCAUCUCCUACUGUCAUCAGUUGCACGUGGUGCACAGAGAUCUGAAACCUGAGAAUGUGGUGUUCUUUGAAAAGCUGGGCGUAGUCAAGCUAACCGAUUUUGGCUUUAGUAAUAAAUUCUGCCCAGGGCAGAAACUGGAGACAUCCUGCGGUAGUUUAGCAUACUCGGCACCGGAAAUCUUACUUGGCGACUCGUAUGACGCACCGGCAGUUGAUGUAUGGUCGCUGGGUGUGAUACUGUUCAUGUUGGUUUGUGGUCAUCCGCCGUUUCAAGAAGCAAAUGACUCCGAAACAUUGACCAUGAUUAUGGAUUGCAAGUACACAAUGCCUGCGCACGUGUCGGAUGGUUGCCGGAAUCUCAUCAGUAAGAUGCUUGUUCGAGAGCCCGAGAAACGUGCCACACUGCAACAGAUCGCCAUCGAUGAAUGGCUGAUGGAGGGUAGCUGUGAAGAGACGCCGGAAAAUUUGCCCCUUGUUAGCCGGGAGCAAGUUAGUGAGGAAGACCAUACGUUGAUCAUACAGAAAAUGAUUAACGGAAAAAUUGCUACCAAAGAGGAAAUUUUAGAAGCUUUAGAUCGUAACGAGUACAAUCACAUAACGGCGACAUAUUUUUUGUUGGCGGAGCGAAAACUUCGCGCUCACCGGCAGGAGGAGGCACAGAAACGGAAACCGGAGCUUUCGUUGCCGGUUUCGAACACUACAAGGCUGCUUCAAAGUUUUAAGAAAAAUGAAGCAAACGACGAUGAAGAUUCACACGACGGACUAUUAUCAACGCGAUUGGGGAUGCAUUUGAGCGUACCCAGGACGCCGGGCACGGAAACGGGACAGACCGGCCGUAGUCGAAAAUGUAGCAUUGUGCAGGAAGAGGAGGACGAUGAGGAUGACGUUCACUGUGCUGGCCAUGAGGAACUGUCAACGCCUCUGAACAGGAGAGGUUCACGUUCGGAAGGACGCAUCAACCUAACAGUGCAGGACCGGAUAGCAGAGUCGGAGCGGCUAAAGCUUGAAGCAAAAAAGUAUCAACAGUCGGAGCAGCACCAACACCGACUAAGCGUCAGUGAUGAUCACGAGAAAGGAUCAACCACGGAUCAUGUGGAUGGCAGCGGUGCUGACAGUGAUCAUCAUCAGCGUGCGGCGGUGUUACAGAAUCCACAAAUUUCGCCCCUUCUCGGUGGAAUCGGCAAUGUUACGCUAGUAACAAGCGAAAACAGCAGUACGAAAGAACGGUUAGGAAUAGCUGGUGGUGGAUUGCAUCGGAAACAGAUGCCGGAGCUGAAGCGACAUGUCGGCGGUAGUAUCGAUUCGAAAAAGUCAUCCGUACUAAAGCCAACGCUGGUUAAAAUUACGGACGGUUCGGGCGUUAGGUCGGGAUCGUUUGAUCAAUGCAUGCGCGGUAUAUGCAACAGUGGUGGAGAGCUAGUUACGACGAAGAUAAUCACUGACAGCUCGACGAUAACGAUACCGAUUCCAACGCUCAACAUCGUUACCUCUUCCACGAUACCAAAAUAUAAGACGAUGCCGUCACCAACGAGGUCAAACGCAAUCCUUACCUCGACGACGAACUGUCUGAACGAAAUUUUCGAAGAAGGCACGGACGUUGGAAGCUCGGAUAGUACGAGCACGACACCGCGCCCAGUCAUACGUAGCCAGUUUGUGGCGGCACGUCAGCAGAGCCAACCGACGGGAAAUGGAAACAGUGUCGGUGGUGUGGGUAGCAGUGUUACAUCGGCCGGUUCGGGAAACAAUCCUCACCGAAGAACCAAGUUCAACAAAUCGCGUACGGCGUCCUGUAGCAGUUCGGAUGCGUCGGACGAUGAUUCGGAGAAUCGGAAGAAGCGGGCACACAAAAUAGUCGAUGCCACGAUCAAACCACUAUCCCAGCGAAGGGACUCGCAUGACGAUUCGAGUGAUUCGCAGGACCAGGGAAGCAAUGUGGCGGGCGGUGGUGGUGCGGGAAAACCACAAAUCAAAGGUAUAUCAGGAACUGCAAAUGGUGGCACUACUAGCAACGGUGGUACUGAUGGUGGUGGAGGCGGUAGCAGAGGUGGAACGGCAGAUGAUAAGCACGGGACAAACAGUCGACAGAAAGCAUCCCAGCAAGUAGACUUUCGGCGGCACCGUGGUCGAAGAAGACCGGUCGAAACACGAUUACGCGAAAGUCAGUCACUCAAUCGUAUUACGGAGGUGCAGGAAUCGGAAGUCGGUGGUGUGCAUUCGGUGACACAACACUUGGCCAGUAGUACAGUCGUCGGCACACCGUUGGUAACGAUGGUGACUUCCAAUGGUGCCGUCUCGAAAUUGGCAGCGGACUCUAGCGCGAAUGGUACGUCUAACGAAAAGCCUGCUGAUGGUGCGUGCGGUGAUAAUUCGUCCGCAGAUCGGCCAUGUGAUGGAAUCGAACCCGAGACUGUGGUGAACAGGGAAGCGAUCAAACCGAGCAACACGAAAAAAUCACAAUCAACAAAAACGUCAUCAUCACCGCGACAGUCGCACCAUCACCAUGGGUCAUCCAAACCGAAAGGACUAAGUGCGAGAAUAUUCCACACGUUCAAGAAGCAACCGGCAGCAGCAGCAGCGACAACUACGACAGCAGCAUCUGGCGGUGCGGCAAGUGCGAUGGUGGAUCCACCGUCUACCGGGUCAGCUGACGAUAUAGAGAUCGUGGUGGAGUUGGCAAAAGCUCUGAAAGAUGCAUCAGCGGAAAGUACCAAGAAUGCUGGCAACACGAAGAAAAUAAAGAUUCUUGGACGCUAUUUCCAGGUGCACAAGAAAAUUUAUGUCCCACUGUCCGGUUUGUUCCAGCGAGGUCGCCUUUACAAAGCACAAUCCUGUGGUUCGAUCGUCCGUGACAAGGUUAACGUCAAUCCGAACGGUCCGGGUGGCGGAUCGCACGCGAACACUACCGGCCGCCAUUCGACGAUAUUCAGCGAAAAGAAUCGUAUCAUUAAAAAUUGUCUCGGUAGUAGCGGCGAUCCCGGAGCUCGCCAUCUUGGAAGUGACGGUGACAUAAAUCAUAACGGUGGAUCGCAUCCUCACCAUCUUCAUCAUCAUAGUAGCAGCGGGUUUCUGGCCUCACUCUCGACCAGUGCACCGACCGCCGAGGUGCUUGUCCGCGGUGCUUCACCAGUCGAGCUAGUCUCAUCAAACGGGCGGCGUUCCAGUAUCGUCGAUCAUGCGGCCGUACUCAGUGCUGCCGCCGUCACAACACCGCCUGUCCCAAUCAAAACGGCGUAG